CAUAGAAAAUGGGCAAUUAGGAGCAGACGAGGACGGUGCUCUGUCGACCACAGUUGUUACUCCACAAAAACAUUGGCGCAUCCGAUCCCUUGAUCGUCGUUGCCCCCUAAAUCAACACAACAAAUACAACAACAAACCAUUGUUUAUUGUCUCGCUUUUAAACAGUACAUCAAUGUGUUUACGAUUGUGUCGACCAUCUUGGAGUGUCGAGUUAGUAUUGAGAGUGAGAAGUAUAUCCUUGCAUGCCUUUACUGCUGCUUGUGGUUGAUGACAUUGUGAGAGUGUUGGGUGUUGUAGUGCGACACAAGUGGCCCUCGAGGCCUUCCGUCACCUUAAACCAAUGACACAAAUGGUUGCCCGCGUUUCCUGUCACCUAAUGGCUCUGUUCACCUAGCAAUAGAUAUGCUAUUCCUUGCAAGAUUACCACAGAAAUGCCUGUUGGGAUAUUCUUUACCAUGCCGUAUUCAUGGAGAGCUUUGGACACUGAGCUCUUUCAGAAGAAUUGAACAGAGUAUUAAAGUGAACAGUGGAAAAAUGAAACCAUGUUACUUCAAUUCACUUUUAUUCAAUAGAAAACAUUGUAAUAUUGAAGUGCUUGAUGACAGUGAGUUAGAAUUGUCUCACCACCCAGGAACACUAUCCUUAAAAUUAGAUAAGAAUAAAAGUGACUGGAAUGUAAAUGCCAAAUAUAAUAAUGACAAUGGCACCAAAGACCUUAGAAAAGCAUUCAAGAUAGAACUGAGAAAAAAGAAAGCCGUUCGUCGACAGUAUGUUUUAGAUCACAAUGCAGCACAAACACUUGUGACACAUUUAAAUAAAGAUUUAGAGGAAACAGAUAUCAUUGUGGAGUCCUCUCCUGGUCCUGGUGUUCUGACAAAUGCCCUUUUGACACGAACAAAUAAUAACAUAAUUGCCUAUGAACCACAUGAUGCCUUUAGAACCAAUCUUGAGAUUUCACUACUUCCUCAGUAUUCUUCACGUUUACAAAUCCAUAGUUUGGAUCUUGAAAAGUUUUAUUCAUAUUAUAUUAGUGACAGAAAAGCCCCAGAGAAAAAUGUAUUACACGAACUCAUGUAUCCUAUAACUACAAAAGGAAAUGGGGAAAUAUCUCCUGUAAAAAUUGUAGGGUCCAUUGUAUAUUUGAAAUUCUUCAUUCGAUUGGUAUUAAGUUUUGCUUUUCAGUGCUGUUUUUAUGAAAAAAUUUGGCCAGUUUUAUAUUUAUAUAUACCUCAUACAAUUUUUAAAAGACUUACAUCAGAUGUGAAGAACUUUAAAGGCAGCAGCAUUAGCAUUUUGUUUAGAUUCUAUUUCAAUCUGGAGUAUCUGGAUGUGGCAUACAAGAAUGGGUUUUACCUUCCUUUCACUCAAGAUUCAAGAGACAGAUCGAAGGAAGCCAAUUGCUUGUGUCUGGUCAAGAUAUCGCCCAACAAAAAUCUGUUCAAGAAGGUGCCAAAGAAAGAGUUGGAGAGAUUUCACUACUUUAUGAACACAAUGUGUCGUAUCAAGAAGAACGACACACUUCUUAUGUGCUUGGAGAGGUGGAUACCUGGUUGUGGACCACAGCUUAUUAAGAAUGGUUUGCAUGUCUUCUGUCAUCCGAGGGAGAUGACUCAGGAACAACUGCUAAGGGCAUAUAGAAUCUUCAUCAGACUGCCCUUUUAUGAUGAGUCAGUAUUUCACCAUCAGUGUAGACAAUUUGUAACAAAGUUUGGAGAGAAGGUUUAUGAAGUAUCUAGACUAAAAACAGAAGAAAAAACUAUUCAUAUUGAAGAUGAAGAGUCAUUGUAAUUUUAUAAAUAUUUGUAAAUAUAAAUGCAUUGUCAAAUCCAA